AAAAAAAAAUAUAUAAGUAAACAAACAGAUAAAACAGAAGCAACAGCCAGCCAGCCACCACUUAAUCAUUAACAUAAAAAGGAAAUGUACACAAAAACAUGUCGGUCCAACCAAAUGCCCCCAAAUGUCAAAUAGAAGAAUAAUUAAAUAGAAAAGAAUGAAACAAAAACAAAUGAAUAAUAAAAUAAACAGACGCAAGAUUACAUGUUAGACAUUAAACGCAUUAAGUGUUGAUACAGAUAAGAACGUUCACCACAAAACCUACCUGGGUAGUAGAAUGAACAGACUAUUUCAGGCAACAUAGGAUUAAACCCCAUCUAAUCAAAAUAAUAAUUGUUGUUCGGCAAUAAAACAAUCAUUGUUCAACUUCCAGUCAAUGUUCAGCUUUCUGAACCUCGAGGAAAUGUGGGUUGCUUUCUUCCAUUGAGGGUAAAGGCGCUACACUAGGAAAAGACUGACAUGAAACCGUGCAGAUUACUACCUUAAACUUAACGAUGGAGAUGACGGGAGCGCCGUGACUCCAGUAAAACUCCUAGAUUUACUAAAGACUUUCAGUUUUUCUCUGGGACUGUGGAAAUCGUUUGGUGUAAGCCCAGCAUUAGUUAAGUUACGUUUCAGUGUUUGUCAUAUUUAAAAAUGUCUCAUUUCACGCUACAGUAAAUGGCUAUUAUCAGUGGAACAAUUAUGUUUUUUGUUGUGACUUGACACGAAAUUUCCUGUGAUUAGACCUGACUUGACAGAUAAAAUGACUUAGACCAAAUGACUUGACUCACAUGUAUGCUGCAUCGUUUACAGGGAGAACUAGAAUGAAUACUAAUUAAAUCUCUCUUCUGCAGGUAUUUAAUGCACUUCAUUAGCAACAAAACUGUCAUUUGUAAUAAUAAUAAUAAGCACACCACACUGCGCAGACUACAGUAUGUGUUGUGCUUUAACUUGAGCUAAACUUAUUAAUUCCCUGACACAAACUAAAUCACAAAACCGUCACUAGAUUAAAAAAAACAAACAGUUAUAUAAGACUGAUUUCUCAAGAUUACAAGUAGAAAUGGAGAAGGAAACGAGAGAGUCAGUCUCAGUCACAUGCUAUGGAGAAGAGAUCAAGGCAAAGAAAGAGAAUUUGUGCAAAGAAGAGUUUUUCCUGCGGACGGAGAGACUGACUGUCUCAACCAUCAAAUCAGGAUGUUUGUUCUCAUGUGUGCGACUCUGCUUUUCUCUUUGGGAUGCAGCACUGCUGAUACAGAUGCACCAGUGUGUGAACAUGGAUUCUGUAUCACACUGAGUGAAGGAGAUAUAACAGCACAGGCUGGACUCUGUGUUGUGAUACCGUGUUCAUUCACUGUUCACUACUAUACUGGCUUGACACCCCAACAUAUGGUUUGGUAUAAAUGUGAAGGAACAUGUGUUGAUCAAGACAUCAUACUGGACUCUGACAACAACAACAGGGUUCAGUCUGGGUUCAAAGGACGAGUUUUCCUGUUGAAGCCUGACAUGAAUCAGAAGAAAUGCAGCAUCAUCAUCAAUGACCUCACUGAGUCAGACUCUGGAUCAUAUCAGUUCAGAGUUAAUGGUCUCGUUAACGGGGCGGCAAGUGGAUUUAUUUUCCCCACAAAAGCAACUUUCUCUGUUAAAGGUCUGACCCAGAAGCCCACAGUGAUGGUUCCUCCUCUGACAGAGGGACAGCAGACCACACUGACCUGCACUGCUCCUGGUCUCUGCUCUGGAUCUGUUCCUACAAUCACCUGGACGUGGAGAGGUGCAGGAGAGGACGACUCUCACAUCUCAGGAAACAUCACAGCCUUCAAGACUGAGAAUCUGACUGCUGUCACUCAGAGACACAGCUCAACUUUGACCUUUAACUCUUCAGCUGAACACCACGGCAGCAUUAUCACCUGUAAGGUCGGCUUCACAAACGGCAUCACCACAGAGGAGACGAUGACUCUGAAUGUGACCUAUCAACAGGCACCAUGUGCAGUUCUUCCCUGGGUCGUUGCUGGUGUUUCUCUCAUUGUGAAUGUCAUCUGCAUCAUCCUCUUGAUGUACCUUUGCAACACAAGAAAUAAGGUGAAACCAAAGCAAGAGGACAGAACGUACAUGUCACUGAAGAGAACCGACCUGUCACCAGAGUAUGAUGUCAUCGCUCAACCUUUGCACUAACAACAAGCCGUUCAACACGUAGAAGGAUGCCACUUUUCUUUGCAUUGUAUUUCAUUUAAAUGCAAUUUUUUUAGUAGUAUUAUUAGGGCCUCGGGGCAAUCGCACCGAGCACUGGUCCCAUACAGCAAUAGCUGUAGGGACCAGUGCUCCGGACGCAAUUUCGUCCCGCUACUAGUCCUACAACUUGAAGAGUUGCAGGACAUAUUAUAUAUCAAAACGUGCGGUUCGAUCGGGAUCGGUGUGCUAUUACUUUUCUCUAUAGAAUAUGAAUUUUUCGCGACGUAAGUCACGAAAAAUUUUGCAUUGAAAUGAAUGGGACGGCCGAAAAAAAAUGAGCGAAAAAGAACAAUAAUUGGAGAUCUUUAAACAUCUACUUCUCCGGCAUAAUUUCACCUAGAGACUCCAUUUAAACUUUAAACAGUAGACACAAGUCUUGUGUAUGGGUGUAUUAAUCCACAUUUCGAUAAGUCAUAUAGUUUUUUAUCAAUCCCUGUUCAAUGACCAUGAUCAUUUUUGGAGAAAUUCUGAGAUUAUAAUGGGUGUGUAUUGCACGGAAUGUUCGUGUCACAGUGUGUGACAUCAUCGCCAGAGUGUAGAGGGAGAGAAAAAUCUGUCAAAUUUUUUUUUGAAAACUGCGCUCCAGGCCGCAAAUUCCACUCUACAGAAAUAAUUUAUACAUAGAAAUGUAGGAAAAUUUGUCUUCUCACUCACAAUCCUCUGGUAGAGCUGUCAGAGUUAUAGUUUGGGCGUAAGACGUACAGAUGCACCAACAACAUGCAUCAACAGCCUCAUUGGCUCCCAUAUUAAAAACGCAGGAAGAUUUCUUAACAAGGGAGAUUUAAACGUUUUUUUAGAUCGCUCUAACGAAGCUAUUUUUUCACUUUUCUUAAAAAAAAAACAUAUGUAGACGUUCAGGAACAACUCAGGACGCUCAAAGUGAAGUCGGAUCAAUGAUAGGUAUUAUGGUUUUGCCAAGAAUGCUUUCUGUUCGAGGCCAGAAAUUUCAGUCUGUCCACCUCUGCUGUCACUGAGCCAGAACAGAUGUCAAUUCAUUUUGUUGAUUGCUUUGAUCUGAUUGCCUUUGAUCUUUGAUGUGAUUACAGUUACAGAUACACACACACACACAUGCGCGUAAGCACGCACACUCCUCACACAUGCAUACACAUGCUUCAAACGCACGCACGCACGCACACGCGCACACACACACACACAGUAACUUUAUGUGAUUUUAAUUACACACACACACACACACACACACAUUUUGAGGUUAAAGGGCAUAGUUUGAAAUCUCUGAAGAAUCUCAUCAUAGUGUACACACACCGGCAGUAGCCCCCGUGGCCCUUUCAAAAUUUCCCCAGAGCAAAUUUUCUAGUUGAACUUUAUUGAACAAUAUUUUCAUUCUUCAUUUCUCCACCAGUCUCUACAUCUGACUAAAGUCAUUUUCAACUUAAACAAACUGUUUUAGAUUGAUAGCAACAUGUUAUUGUGAUUAUCUGCAGUUAUUACACAACUUUGAUGAAUACUUUUAUUAUUAUUAUUAUUACUUAUUAUUUUGAAAAGCAGACUGCUGCUGUGGAUAUAGUCAUGAACAUAAUGUGCAGAAACAAUAAAAUCACCUUUAAAUCAAUAAAAUACAUUUGUCCAUCCAUCCAUUCUCGUCCGCUUAUCUGAGGCAUGGGCAGCAGGCUAAGCAGGGCAUUCCAGACGUUCCUCUCCCCAGCCACAACGUCCAGCUCCUCCUGGGGGACCCCGAGGCGUUCCCAGGCCAGGUUAGAGAUAUAAUCCCUCCACCGUGUUCUGGGUCUUCCCCGGGGCCUCCUACCAGUUGGACGUGCCUGGAACUCUUUUAACGGGAGGCGCCCGGGAGGCAUCCUUACCAGAUGCCCAAACCACCUCAACUGGCUCCUUUCGAUGUGAAGGAGCAGCUUCUCUACUCCGAGCUCCCUCCGGAUGUCUGAGCUCCUCAGCCUAUCUCUAAGGCUGAGCCCAGCCACCCUACGGAGGAAGCUCAUUUCGGCCGCUUGUAUCCGCGAUCUUGUUCUUUCGGUCACUACCCAAAGCUCAUGACCAUAGGUGAGGGUUGGAACGUAGAUGGACCAGUAAAUUGAAAGCUUUGCCUUCAGGCUCAGCUCCUUCUUCACCACAACAGUCCGGUACAGCGCCCGCAUCACUGCUGACGCCGCACCAAACCGCCUGACACUCUGUUCUACCCUUACUCGUGAACUCCUUCGCUUGAGGCAGUACCUCUCUCCCCACCCAGAGGGGGCAAUCUACCGUUUUCCGGCAGAGAACCAUGGCCUCAGACUUGGAGGUACUGACUCUCAUCCUAACUGCUUCGCACUCGGCUGCAAAGCGGCCCAGUGAGUGCUGGAGGUCCCAGUCUGACGAAACCAAAAGAACCACAUCAUCUGCAAACAGCAGAGAUGCAAUUCUAAGGUCACCAAACCGGAUCCCUUCCUCCCCCCGGCUGCGCCUUGAGAUCCUGUCCAUGAAAACCACGAACAGAAUCGGA